GGAAGUGUCGAAGACGGUUUUGUCGCUUGUGAUCUUCGGGAUAAUUUCGCCUGUGAUUUCUGACCAAUUGUGCCAACCGAGUGUGAAUGAUGGGCAAAUUGUGAAAGUUAUCUGCAAGAAUGUGGACUCUAUGUUGGCAAUUUCGAGGGAAUUGCAGCCCACGUGGAGACACUUGAUUAUCAUCAACAAUCCAGGAAGAACAUUCACAAAUGCCGAGCAUGAAUCGACCAAUUUGAGGUUCAUCGAACACCUGGAUUUGUCACAAGCAGGCGAAAUCGUUCUUUCGGAUCACGGAUUCAGGGACUUUCUCUCGCUAUCGAUACUCGAUCUCACCAACUCGAGCAUCGGCGAACUCAAGGGCAACUGGUUUGGCAAAGAGAAUCUCGUGACGAAGAUUAUUCUGUCUGGAAAUUCUCUGCAAAGCCUCAGAAAGGAGAAUCUCAAGAUCCUGUCGAAUGUCGUGAGCUUGGAUUUCUGCUACAACGACAUUUCGUACGUUGAGAAGAACGCUUUCAUGGACUUGAUGAAGCUCGAGGAGCUGAAUCUCAACAACAAUGAUCUAUCAGAAAUCAAUCUCGGAGAGAUUUCCAAUCUGAAAUCCUUAUCACUCAUGGACAACUCACUAGACAAGUUGAGCACUGGAGCUUUCAAUGGAAUGCCAAAGCUGGAGGUUCUCAAUGUGGCGCAAAACUACAUAAAAACCAUCGAUCCUCGCGCUUUCGAGGGCCUGACAAGCCUAAAAGUCCUCAACAUUUCCGGGAACAGCGUCAAGACAAUACAAUCACAGAUAUUCAUCGGACUCUCGCGCGUGAGGCUGAUGGAAUUGGAUUUGAGCAAGAACGACAUCAAUUUGAUUGAAGCAAAUGGAUUUUCCGAGCUGAAGAAUCUGCGAUCGCUGAACAUUUCCCAGAAUUCACUCUCAUCGCUCUUUCCCGCCAUGUUCGAAGGCAUGCAAUCACUGCGAAAGCUCUUCAUUAACACCAAUAACAUCAUGAAUAUCCAGCCAAAGACGUUCGGUGUCAUGCCUCUGCUCGAGAUCCUGGAAUUGGCCGAGAAUCAAAUACUCAAUCUGGACAAAGAGAUGUUCAGAGAUGGUCUUCCGCGCCUCAGGAAGCUCAUACUCAUGCGCAAUGACAUCCUAACUGUUCAGCCCAGCGCCUUUGAGUUUAUUCCCAAUCUAGAUUACCUGAGUUUGGCGGGAAAUGAGAUCGAAUCGCUGCCUUUGGAGGUCUUUAAGCCGCUGAAUAAGCUGAAGAAGCUCCACUUGGCCCACAAUAGAAUCGAGGAACUGCAUCAUGAGCAUCUCAAUCAUCUGCGCAAGCUUUGGUCACUGCUCAUUGACUACAAUCGCUUGACGUUCUUCCCAGAUUUGGACAAUAACUUCCUCAAUCUUCAGUACGUCUCCAUCGAGGGAAAUCCCUGGCAGUGUCCCUGCUUUAACGAAAUGGUCAAGUUCCUGGCAGACCGACGAAUUGAGUACCGCAGAAAAGUGCUCUUCGACGGACAACGACCAGUUUGUGUGGUGACCGGACAGAGUUUCUGCGUGAAGAACAUCACCAUCGUGCGUGAAUACAAUGUUGCUGAUCAAUUCAACAAUGUGCUUGGUGCGAUGAUGAGGUGCUUUGUGGCAUUCCUCGUCACCUGGACGCUCUGUGGCGUUGUCCGGGCGGAGACAAAGUGCCAUCCCAUCUUCAUUGGGGGCAUCAUGAAGCACAUCGAGUGCCAGAACGUCGUGUCCAUUGACGAGGUGUUGGCGGAGCUGCAGCCCGAAUGGGUGAGUCUCUCGGUGGUGAACAAGCCCACGGAGAUCUUCUCGAUGGUCGGCAAGGUGCUGUCGCAGAACAGCCUUAUCAACAUUGAAGACAUCGAUCUGUCCAACUCUGGCAGCCUCGAUAUCCGUGAGCCAUUCUUCAGGGAGUAUCUCAAUCUCAACCGUCUCAACAUUUCCUCCACGAAGAUAACAAAUCUGGGCCCUUUCUGGUUCGGUCGCCUGAACUUCCUCGAGUUCCUCGAUGCGAAUAGCAACAAGAUCUCAGAGAUCAAGAGAAACUACUUCGUAAACACCACGAAACUCGAGCGAUUGUGGCUGCAGAACAACGAAAUCAAGAUUGUUCAGAUGGACGCUUUUCAAGAUCUCAGACAUCUUGAAUUCCUCGAUAUCAGCUUCAAUCGCCUAACCAGAGGAGAGUUGGGAGCGAUUCCAGCCCUCAAAAUCCUUCUCGCGCGCAAGAAUCUCAUCACAACGCUCACGCCCAACGCCUUCCUGAAGAUGCCCGAACUGGAGUUCAUUGAUCUCUCAGCGAACAUCAUCACGAGCCUCAGAGAGAAGACCUUCACAGGUCUGGCGAACCUGAAGGAGCUGAACUUGUCGGAAAACGCCAUUAACGAGAUCUUGUCUCUGACUUUCUCUGGCCUCGCCAACGCCAGGAUAUCCAACAUCGAUCUCAGCCACAAUCACAUCCACACAAUCAACAAGGACGCCUUCGAGGGCCUAGGACUCCUGCAGAAGCUAGACUUGUCCCAGAACUCUCUCACCGAACUCGAAGACUACACAUUCCACGGAAUGGCGACUCUGACGGACCUCAAUCUCUCAGGGAACCGCAUCAAUGAGAUCCGCAGCAAUGCUUUCGCCUCUCUGCCAUCGCUGGAGAUGCUCGACUUGACGCACAACUCGCUGGAGGUCCUCAAGGAGGACAUCUUCGGCAAGACUGGAGCGAAUCUCAAGACACUCUCGCUGAAGAACAAUCAACUGGUGCAGAUUGAUGGCAACACUUUCACUACCUUGAUCGGCUUGGAAGUCCUUCAGCUGAACUUCAACAGACUGCAGUUCUUCGAAGAGUACACUUUCAGGACGCUCAGGCGCUUGAGAGUGAUGCAGAUCAAUAACAAUGGCAUUGAGUAUCUUCAGGGGGAGCAUUUUGACAAUCUCCUGGACUUGAGUGAGCUCUACAUGCACAGCAACAGGAUUUCCUUCUUCCCUAACACAACAAACAGCUUCCCAAGACUCUCCAAGGUGACUGCUGAGGACAAUCCUUGGCAGUGCGUGUGUCUCAAUCGCUUCCUGAACUGGGCCUCAAUGAGAGGCAUUCACUACGUCAAGGAGAAGUACAACGGAAAGCGCCCUGUUUGCGUGGCUGUUAUCACAGGAUGUAUUCAUGAUUUGGGAAUUGUCAGGGAGAAGCAAGUUGUGAAAAUCUACGAGGAGGCUCUAUUCCAAUAUUUGCGCACAACUUUCACGGGAGGCGAUUAGCUCCUCCUGGUGUUCUUAAGUUA